AUGGACCUCUUUCUCAAGGUCAGAGCUCCUGCUGAGAUUGCACAGCUUGCUGUCAAAUCAAAGCAGUUGAGAGGGCAAGAAGCUCUUGUCAUGCAGAGGGUGCUCAUGGGCCUGAUGCUCUAUCUUGGAGGUGGUCUGAGGAAGCAAGUCUUUGUCAACCUCUAUGUUGGCCACCUCCAGUGGGAUGAGGAUGAGAUGGUCAUGCAGCUCUUCACCUACAUAGAGUUCUUCAAGCAGAGACUCAAGAUCCUUAUCAAGGACUUCAAUCCUGAGCUCACCACCACUGCCAUUGACUUCAGGUGCAUGACUAUCACCAACCUCUUUGCUGAACAUGUGCCUCUGGAGGAAGGAGAGACCAUUGAGCACCUUCACAAUAGGUUCAGUGACUACCUGGGAGUCUCUGUCAAGAUCAUGAAGACUGUCUACAACAGGCAUGACUUGAAGAAGAAGCACAAGGGAACUCUGAAUGCUGCCAAUGCAGGCAAGGUGCCUGAAGGUGCUCAGACAGCCAUGGGCAAGAUGGAGGCCAAGAUGGCAACAGCAAUUGUUGAGGAAGAGAAGCACCAGCACAUUGACCUCAAGAAGCGCCAGGCCAGGACAACUGAGGAUGAUGAGGAGUGGCAGUCAGUCUCAGGCCAUCUGCCCAAGAAGAGGAAGAGGAGGGUGGCCUAUGAGGAUGAGGAGGAGGAAGAGGAGGAAGAGGAGCUGGAGGCAGAAGAGGAUUCUCAGGAAGAAGAUGAGGGUGAGGAUGAAGAGGAGGAAGAGGAGGAAGAUGAAGUUGAGAGCAUCCAGGAGAUGAGGAUUGCUCAGUCUGGUGAGCUGGAGCUAUGUGUCAGAUGGGUGGGCUACUCUGAGGAGUUUGACAUGUGGCUUCCCCUCACUCAACUGGGUAAUGCCCUGGCAUGUGUUGAGGAGUUUAUCAAGGCUAAUUUCUUGUAA